CUUAAAGUCGGGAGUUUAGUGUUACAGAUGUUUUAUUUUCUGCUUAAUUUGCCUGCUGAUAAUUACUUACCAUCUGAUGUUUUACAUGUGGCCUACUAUUGGUGAUUUUCCUCCGCAAAAGCAAUCAGACAUUGCAUUCAUUUUCAUGAUUGUCAACAGAAGUGGUCAAUUCCCAAAUGGCAUUUCAAGUUUGUUGCUUAAGGGCCAACGUAACCCAGAUCCUCUAUUAAUUGUCUCCAAAGAUUGUCCACAUCAAAACUUGAAGUACAAUCUAAGAAGAAGCACAGUUUAGCCUUCACUUCACCUAUAAAUGUAGCAUCUAAACAUUGCAUUUCACCCGAAUGCAUCCGAACCAUGAAUCUCCCAGAUUUUGUUGCUGUUUUCUUUCUGUUCCUAAUGUGGAAUUUUCUGUUAUUCGGACAUGGAAUGGCACAUACAGUUACAUUUGACAUACGCAAUAAGUGCCCCUUCCCCAUAUGGCCAGCAACUGCCCCCAACAAUGGACAGCCAGUGAUAGCUGAUGGCGGCUUCUAUCUCCCGGCCGGUCAGACUCAGCGCAUUUCUGCCCCUUGGUCAUGGAACGGUCGGAUUUGGGCCCGAACUGGAUGCAACUUUGCCUCAAACAGGAAUCCUGCUUGUGAAACAGGAGACUGUGAUGGGCGCUUAGCAUGCAAUGGACUAAUAGGCACUCCACCAGUGACAUUAGUGCAAGUUUCGCUUCAAGGUGACAAAGACAGGCCAAAUUUCUAUGAUGUGAGCUUGGUUGAUGGAUACAAUCUUCCUGUUGCAGUCUUGUCAAAGCCAGUAGCAUCUAAUUGUGGCAUUGGAGGGUGUUUGAAGAAUUUGAAAAGUUGGUGCCCAGAAGAACUGAAGGUCUUAAACUGCAAGGGGGAAGUGGUGGCUUGCAAAAGUGCUUGCUUGGCUUUUAACACUGACCCGUUUUGUUGUAGGAAUGAGUAUGGAACCCCAGCAAAAUGCAAGCCAAGUGUGUACUCAAAGAUAUUCAAAGAUGCUUGCCCUUCUUAUUAUAGCUAUGCUUAUGAUUCACCCCCUCCAUUGGUGACUUGCAAGUCAAGUGAGUAUGUGAUCACCUUUUGUCCUUCAGGCUGGGGCACCGGUGCCUAUACCUCCAUAUAGACUAGUUUGCUUCAUUUGUGGUAAUCAAGCGAGUUUCGCAUUUGAAUAAAAUGUAAUUUUCAUUGUAUCAGUAUAGUUUUUCUUUUGGGUGGAGUAUAAUUAUUGCUUUUCAUUGCAAUGGUUUUGCUAAAUUUGGACUUUGAAAUUGGAUUUGUAUACAAUAUAAUAGUGUUCCUCAUGUAACUAUUGAACAAGUCGGAAUCCUCGCUUUAA